AUGCAUCUUCCGUCUAUCCGAGCACUUGUCAAAUUGCCACCUGGAUAUCCAGACAAAGAACCACCUCGGAUCGCUUAUCUUGCAUCAGAUUUUAUCGGAAGAGUGAGCCAUCUCAAAAAUGCACUCCUGCAUGCUUGGGAAGAGAUGCCAGGUGAAGUAUUGUACUUUUGGUACGAAAUGCUGCGGGAGUCUUUGUGGAGCGGAGAGGAGAGUAUCGUAAGGGAUGGUACACAUAAAGACGGCAUAUUGUUGCACGAAUACGUGGUAUCUGGGCAAGACAAUAACACAGCACGAUUAGCUACGAUCAUUCGUACAAAUGAUAUCCUCUCUAAGCGAAAGAAUUUCGAAGGAGAGAGAUAUGGAUGCGGGAUCUGUUUGGAAGACGUACGUGGCGGGAAAUGCUGGAAAGUAUCAUGUAAGCACGUCUUUUGCCAAGAAUGUCUAACGGAAUAUAUUUCAAGAUCAAUCCUUGAUGGCUAUCCUCGUCAAGCAACAGCUUGUCCGGACCCGGAGUGUGUCAAGCUACGUAACGGUGCUGGCGUCAUUACAGAAGAUGAGAUCGUAUCUUUGGUCGGUGCGAAUUUGUUACAGAGACUACAUGAGCUACAGGAAAAAGCGCUUGCUUUACGUGAUCCAACGUUUGGGUUUUGUCCAAGACCGAAAUGCGAACAAUUGGUUCAUGGCGAUCCAAAAGAUGUUGGAACUGCCUAUGAAGCUAUGCGUCAAUGUAGUGCAUGCUCUUAUACGUAUUGCGUUUAUUGUCAAAAAGCAUGGCAUUAUGGUAAUCCGUGCAAUAUUGUUUCCAAUACUGCCUUGAUUGAAGCCUAUCAAAAUACAACGGAAGGCAGUAUGGAAAGAAAGACGAUGGAAAUGAAAUAUGGAAAAGCAAAUUUGGAAAGAAUGGUUCGUACGUUUGAAGAAGAAAGAAGUAAUCGAGCUUGGAUUGAAGCAAAUUCACAAAAAUGUCCUUGUUGUCAUAUCAAUAUCACCAAACUUAUGGGCUGUAACCAUAUGACCUGCAAGGCUUGCAAUACGCAUUUCUGUUACAGAUGCGGAACAAGAUUACCGCCUAAUGAACCUUACAGGCACUUCAAUACGCCUGGCAUGCCCUGCUAUAUGAAAUUAUUCGAUGCUGACAUUAUGGACGCAGGCGGAUGGGAGCCCAUCAUUGGAGCGGAUGAGAUGAAUGCCUGGGAGGCAGACAAUUUAUGA